AUGGACUCCGGGAGCACCGGUACGGCUGCGGGCAUCGACCCCAAAAUUCUCGAUAACUGGCAAACGGACGCUGCUUUUUCCAUUCCUUCCUGGGAACACUCCGCUUACGAGCAUCCGCUGGACUGGGAUACGAGCCAGGAAUCCAGUCAGUGCGAUGGGGAGAUUGUGGAUAUAAACGCCCAGUAUGGGCCUUUGGCGAAAGACCAGCCUGACGCCUCGUUCUCGGGACAGUCGACCGGUUAUCGACCAGGCGACAGCAGCAAACAAUCCACCACUUCGCCCGAUAAGUUCAGCGUCGCCGAUGCCACCGUCGAAGGCACCAUCAGUGGCACCGUCAGCCCGCGAACUUUGCCUUCUGCCGAUGACAACUUCCACCUGGAUGAUUCAUGGCCGCACUACCAAAUGUUCAACACCAUGACGGCCGUCCCCAUGGAGACACCCCUCCUCUAUCAGUACGCCAAGGAUCCCACGGCCUCGGGAAACACCGUGAUUGUCGGAGAUGUUGGGGAGCUCCCCCAGGAUCAUGGCUUUCCAGACAUCACGCCCGACCAAUUUCUAUCGUUCCAGAACAUGCCGCAGGCGUUCCCAUUUUCGGCGCCCGAGACCUGGACCGAGCCAUCGACCAGCCCUUCCACCGAUCACAUGGCUAAUCAAAUGCAAGUUCCGAUGUCUAUGGGUCCUCAGCUGCCAAAUAAGAAUGUGAAUGCCAUGCGUGGCUUCCACGGAUCCAUGCGCUCGCUUGAAUCGCGCUGGCUCGAGAGCCUCGAGUCCCAACUCCCUACCAACAUGACUCCUGCGUCGAUGCCGACCGUUUCGCAGGACCCCAGUCUGUUGAGAGACAGCAAAGAGCAGGACGCGUUCCAGUACAAAUCGGAAAGCUCGUCCGUGUCGGGCGAUCUUCCCGGCGUUUACGAAGGCUCUUACUCAGCUACCAGUGACGAGCCUUCGGCCUUUCCCGAACGGAAAUUGAACGAAGACGGACCGUGGAGUGAUGGCCCGAAGGACGAGGCGUCGGAAGUGUCUCAACCUCUCCAGAAUGCCACUGCAUAUAUGGUCAGCGAAGCCCCGUCGGAACAGUUCCUUGAUUCGACUCCCUCAAGGUCUCGAGCCUCGUCCAAUGCUGCGCAACGGGCAAACUCUCGACCGCAGGCCCUCGCGCUUCAGUCCGUUGCCGCGGUGAAAAAACGCAAACAGCGCUCCUCUAUCGUUUCGCUGGACGGUCAGCCUAAACCGCUUCAGAUCGUGCAGGAAGACGGUCAGGGUGGCUCGAUUGCCUCGGCCGAUUUUGUAUCUCCGCCACGUGGAGCCCGCCGCAAGGGACCUCUGUCCAUGGUCGGCCGGGCCAAUGCGGGUUUGCGGAGAAAGAACAAGGACACUUGCGUCCAAUGCCGCUUGAAUAAACGCAAGUGUGAUGGCAGUUCUCCAUGCGAUGCUUGUCGGCCUACUCUUCAUGAACAGCCAUGUGCACGAGCUUGUUUUGCCAACAUUGUUGAAUAUGGAACGUGCAAUUACAUCUCCCAACGAGCGGUCAACCACCGUACUUUGGAUGGAGCUGGUCGAGUCCGAAUGGAGAUUCCCUUCGAGUUUGACCUGGGCGAUCUGCUGUCGUUCCUUGGCGAGCGGCAAGGUCGCUUCAACAUUCGUGCCAGCCAGUCUUGGGGAUCGCUCUACGUCCUGGACCUGGGAGAAACUUACAAAUUCCUUCGAAGUCUCAGCGACUACAACGGCAACUCUCGAUCCAACUUUUUGGAAUUUAUUGAUCGACGGAUCGUGGAGUCCAAGGAUAAAUCCAAGAAUUGGCUUACUUGUGUCAAAGACUGCGACCCCAUGAAUAAUAUAUACUCUCUUCUAUCUCAAUGGAACAACAUGCCCAGUCGCGCAAGUUACAGUUUUGUUCCAAUCCAAUCAGGAGGCCAGGAACGACCGAUGGAUAUCCAUAAUCCGGAGGAUCAGCGUGAGAUCCUCUUAGCAGCUCAGCUAUCUCGGAUUGUCUGCCGUAUGUUGGAAGUGGAGGGUUUCCGCAAGCUGGAGCGAGACUUCUACAACAUCAAAUGGAAACAGAUCUCUCAGGAGACGCAUCUGCGCUUCCUGGGCGAACUGGGCCACAUUCUGCUCACUCUUCGCUGGCGGGUUUCCUGGUGGAAACGCCUCGGCGACGGCGGUCGAAACCCCGACCCAACUAAGCAACACUAUGUCGACCGAGUCGAUUUGCUGUGCAGGAUUCUUUACGUCUACUACACCUGCGUACUCGCCAAGCUUCCUUCGUGGUCCGUUUCUGAUGUUCCCAAGGGAAUUUGGUCGACCUAUCCAGACUCCGAAAACGCCAUCUGGGACGACUUCCCCGUGGAUCCUAGCGAUGACGGUUUCCAGAACUGGAUGGAUCGGGGCCAAGAGCUUAUCGACCAAGCUGGUGUGCAGAACCGCUCCCCCAAAGCCUAG